GUAAGAUAUGCUUCUGAUAAGGUAUUUUAGUGACGAUCUUGUAUACUUAUAUGUCAGCCAAUUGUUUAACCCCUAUACCAGAAUUCAUGAAGGAGCUUGGUAUUAACUUUAAGGAUUCUAUGUUGCAAAUUGCAACAGAAUUCAGAGGAGUAUACAUACUUGAAUUAAUCUUGCUGCCGUAAUUUUUGAACAGUAGAAAUGAGUGCCACUAAGGAGUCUUCUAAGCAGAGAGAUGGGGAAAAGGGAAAGGAAGAUGAAACACCAACUGAAAAACCAACUGAAGAACCAACUGAGACUAAAGAAAAGAAGAAAAAUUAUGAAACACUGAUUGAAAAACCAACUGAACCAGCUGAGUCAACUGAAGAAAAGAAGAAAAAGAGUACCAGAAAAGUCUAUACUACCGAAGAGAUAACUCUGUUUUUCGAUGAUUAUUCUAAGAACCCAACUAGUUCAGUGGCCAGCUUAGCCCGCAAACAUUCGACUAAAUACAACACAGCCAGAAAGUGGAUCAAAGAUUAUCUUGAAACCGGUAGGCAAUCUACUGCCGAUAUUUACUACACUAAAUGUCAAAUCACAACGUAUUAUUGUAAUUUAACUAUCUAUUACUGGUGUAAAACAUUGAAAAGUGAUUUUAUCAAUUUUCAAAUCUUGAAGAAGGAACUAGUAUUUGAAUAGUUAUCAUUAUAACGUAAUACUACAAUAACUAGGAUUUAUUAAAAC